UUCAUUGAAUCAAGUUUCAGAUUUUGUCUCUUUUCACGGAUUUUCGGGGUACAGUUUCAGUGUAUUGUUGAGAAUUAAUAAGUUAGAGUGUCGCUCUCUGUGUCAGUCAGUGACUGUAUGUUUCGAUUUCAAGUUUAGUAGGAACUUUCUCCCACCGCCUGGAGCUUACCUGAGGGACAGGUCUUGGAAUUGUUGAUAAUGGCUGAGGCAAAUGCAGGGCUGUCGCAGGAAGAAGAUAGGAAUCGUGCCGAGCUGUGCACAAAAUACCAGGAUGUUCUAUCUAGAGAUGGUCGAUUAGAAGCAAUGAUUUUGUACAGGCCAGAAUUGGUCAGAUGCUUGGAUCCACCACCAUUGCUAGAUCACAUGGGAAUGUUGCUCUCAGAUGAAGUGAUUGGUGCAAUCAAAGCUACCCAUAAGAAUACAGGAAAGAUACCAGCAGCUCGACAACUUUUGGAUGCCCUCCUUGCUUCAGGAAAGACAAAUAUAUACACAAGUUUUCUAGAUAUUCUAAAACAAGAAGGACAUGAAAAGGCACACGGUUUGAUGCAGGGUAUCAGGCAUAUUGAGAAAGACCAAGUUUUCAAGCAGGUUCUGGAAUUGUUUCGCAAAAACAUUGUACAGCUGUUAGUGGUUGAUGUGUCUCUUCUUAAUGAGCUGGUGAGCGAAGGAUGCAUCUCCGUGGAAACUAAAAAAACAGUCCAAUGCAUGUGUGACAAUGUUUCGAACAAUGCAGGCGCGUCUGCUCUCUUGGACAACAUUUCCAUGCUGAUUCGAGAAUGGCCAACAGGAUUCGUGAGAGCAUUGACUUCUUCAGGGAAUGAAUCUGUGGUUGAACUUCUUUCACCAGAUUUUCUGGAGCCGCGCAAACGGAUUGAAGAUGUUCUUGAUGAUAUGGUAAUGGCCAACCCUGGGGUACCAGAACGUCCUUAUGACCAAGAUAUACCUGGUCUAGCAGAUGACCUUCAUAGCAAGUCGUCAUCUCUCAAUUCUUCAGAUGGGCAGAAUGUAAAACAGACAACAGUCAACCAUGGAAGUGGCAACUUCACGUUAUUUGCCGCAGGAGGUUCAACAGUCAACAUCAGUAGCACUGUCAACAUCCAGUCACCAGAUGGUUCACUCCAGGACAGUGAUAACAGCAUGAGCAUGGACAAAGAUGUCCGGUCAGAAGGCGAGGAUUUUCAGUUUUCGGCCAGCGUGGAUGCAAUGGAUGCCCCACCGCGAGAUGAUAGCAUCAUGAUGAGUAGGGGGGCUGCUUCUUCAGCUAGUGUGGGCAUGGGAAAGAAUGCUGUCUUGAAUGCAUCUGACCAAUCAGAAUGCGGCAAGUCUGCUGUAGCGACAGGAGGUGAAAAGGAAGAUGACGAACAUGAUGAAAAACAAGAUAGCGAAUCUACCAAAGAACAGGAUAAGGAUGAAUUGGUUCUUUACGACUACCAAGAGAAGUUAGCCCGACCUGGUAUAGAGGGUAAAAACACCAUCAUCUGUGCCCCAACCGGGAGCGGAAAAACAAUUAUAGCUGCUGGCAUAAUGAAGGAUCAUCUAAAGAGGGACCCAGGAAAACGCAAAGUCAUCUUUCUUGCCUGUGAGGUUGCCCUAGCAAACCAACAGAACAAGCAGUUUGAAAAGUUUCUCAGUCCUGAGUUCAAGUCUUUUGUGAUAUCGGGUGGAGCAGAAAGUGGCGAUAAAGUUCCACCAAUCAAGCUGCUCCUUCACGAUUAUGACAUCAUAGUAAUGACGGCUCAGCUCCUCGUCAAUGCUAUGAUGAGUCCGAAAGCAGCGAAGUUUGACAACGUGAUGGAUCUGGUUAAAUUUGAUGACUUCUCAAUGAUGAUAUUUGACGAGUGCCACCAUACAGCCAGGGACCAUCCCUACAAUCUGAUCAUGACACGAUACGUGGAUCAGAAGCUUGAAGGCCACGAGAGUCUACCCCAGGUUUUGGGCUUGACCGCCUCACUCGGUGUUGGUAAAGCUCCCAGCAUGUCCAAAGCUAUCGAACAUGUUGUGACAAUGUGCGCCAAUCUUGAUGCUGGGGAAUUGAGUAACCCAGAUGAAGAAAUGAUGAAACAAAUACACGAGACAUCAAAUAAACCUAUCAUGAAAACAACCAUUGCCAAUAGCCGUAAGCCUGAUCCAUUCCUGGAGAUGAUUUGCGUAAUGAUGUCCGACAUUGAAAAGAAACUGAAACGAAGUUGUGAAGGGGAAGACAAAGGUUUCCAGUCAGCAUUCGGCAGCAUUCCAUCAGAGAAAGGGAGUCAGCCUUACAUACAAUGGUUAAGUCGCAUCCAGAAGCCGAUUGAGUCAUCCACCGUCCUCUUACCCAUUAAUCGUCAGCGCAGCCUGAAGUAUCUUAGCUAUUUGAAGACGUACAACAGAGCCCUGCUUAUAAAUCAUGAAUGCCGCACGAGAGAUGCUUUGGAAUACCUGAAGGAAGAGUUCCAGAAGAUAGAAAGUGUCCUCAUCAAGGAAGCAGAGGACGAUGAUGACUUCCUCACAGGUGGCGAUGAGGAAGAGGAUAAGACUAGUGGGAAAGAUGGAGAGCAGAUCUGGCUGGAAGAGCAAUUUGAGAAGGCGGAACCAGAGCUUGUCCAAAUAAGCCAAGACCCACGCUUCAAAAACCCUAUGCUCGCAACAUUGAAGGAGAAAAUCCUUGGAAAGUUUCCGGAUGCAUUAUCGAAAGCCAAUGGACGUGGUAUCAUCUUCGUUCAAACCAGAGAAAUGACUGUAGCCCUGUGUCGCUGGAUCCAGGAAGAUGAAGAUUUAAAAGAUUGGAAUCCUCAGAUUCUAGUCGGUGCAAACGCUAAAGAUCCCGGGCCAGCCUCAAUGACUCAGACGAAGCAACUGAACAUCUUGGACUAUUUCAAAAGUGGUGAACACAAACUACUGGUUGCAACAUCGGUGGCAGAAGAGGGAUUGGAUAUCCAGAAGUGUAACCUCAUCAUCCGCUACAACUACGUAACAAAUGAAAUAGCCAUGGUGCAAUCAAGAGGAAGAGCAAGAGCCGAUGACAGCUCAUACGAAGUCGUGACUGGAGGCACUCUUGGCGCUAAGAAAGCACAGAAGGAAAACCUGAAUAAGAUACGAGAGAAAAUGAUGUUGAUGGCGAUAGAAACAGUGAAGAAAAUGUCAAAGGAAGAAUAUGAGAGGCAUGUUCUUCAAUAUCAAGAAAAGUUCUCCAAGGAGAGAAAAAUAACAGAUAUGGCACGAAUGAGGAAAAAGGUCACCGGUAACCAAAAAGGGCCAUAUUUCUUGCUCUGCGGGUUGUGCACGAAUGGAUUGUGCAGGGCAGAAGAUUUGAGACUGUUGGCCGGAACUCACCAUUCAGUACUUGGUAAAAGUUUCCAGAACAAGUACAGGACAAAAGAAACAACGAAGACAAAAGUGAUUGAUGACUUUCAAUUUAAAGGCAAAAUAAGUUGCAUUUCCUGCAACCAGGACCUGGGAGUUUUUGCUCUCUACAAAAAUGUUCCAUUUCCACUCUUGAAAGUUUCUAAUCUACUGAUUGAAAAUGUUGUCAAGGAUGUAAAUAAUGAACCAAUGCUCGAUGCCAAGAAUGAGCCUGUGGUGUAUCGCCAAGGUUACAAGAAGUGGAAAGAUGUACCAUUUACGGUGCAUGACAUUACUGAAGAUGAAUUAAAGGCUGCACUGAGUGUUGUGGAGGGGCCUGCUCUUCCAGAGACUAGCGAUGUCUCUGCUUGAGUGAUUACAAAAUAUGAUAUGUAGAGCACUGCCUGAAUGAUCUUGCCUUAUUGCUGGCAGCCCAUCGAGGUAGAUCUAGGAGUUUGGUAAACUGGAUGUGUUUCCAAACACCAGCAAACUUGUUUUGAAAUGUUUUGACAUAUUCGUUCUUAAAAACAUGACUGCUGAAAUUUGGCAUAUCUAGCCAAUCGUAGAAGAGCUAUAGUGCUCAAUUGUGAUUCACUAGUUGGACCAAUUGGCCAAUCAUAUGCUUGGCAAUAAUAGUAUUGUUUCAUAGUGUGGACAACCAGUCCCAAACAGAAGCUAAUUCUGUCACUGUUUGAUGAUGUUUGCAAACAGAGGUUGAGAGAAGUUUGCAAGUGUAGACCAGGUUUUAAUGUUCAUUGACAGCGUCAAAUUCUUGGUUCAGUGGUUCCCUAGAGUUUCAUCUCGACACCUUAAUCCUCCUACAAGUUUGUUCUUCGCUAUGCUUUAAACAGAUUGCAGUCUUGGAUGACCUAAAAUGUCCUGGGCGAAGGCGGUAGAUGUUGUGAUCUUAUGCAUUGUUGAUUUUCAAACAUUUCAACUUUUUCCUCUCCCAGGUCAAGCCAGCUCGCUUCGUUGGGAGGCCUGCAUCAUUCUCUGCAAGUUGGAAAAUUGAUAAUGAGUGCUUUUUUAUAUUUAUUUGCAGCACAAGGUGCUAUUUAUUAUUAUUCACUAGGCUAUCACAGUUGCUGCAAUAUGAUUGCAUUGUCGUCACUUUCAUCUUAUUUUAUUUAUAAAUAUAAAUAUAAAUAUAAAUAUAAAUAUAAAUAAAUUUGACAUGAGAGUCUUGGUGCCAAAGGCAAAACUGUCUUUGCUCGCCUUUUAUAAAUAUUCAAGAUUGUGAUUUGGUGUUGUAGAUAUGGCUGCCAAUUGUAGUUGAUUGUGACAGUUCACUCUAUAAAUUAUUUCAAUCAGUUGUUCUGAUAGAAUUACUGGUCUCUGUAUUCAUUCUUUGACUGCAAUGGUUGUUAAUCUACAUUUUGAAAAGUCGUCUGUGGACUGCCUGGGGGACAAUCAAAUCUAGAUGUUUGACUUGGGCAUUCAAACACAGAAUAUAAUGUAAUUCCUGCCACAAGUAUUUCACUACACCAUGUAGCUUUUUAACAACACAUCUGUAGAGGGGUUUCGAAUGGACUCUCUAUGAACGCCACUCUC